AUGUCUAGCCGAGCGAAGCGCAAGUUCGACAUCGACCCCAACGCCUCCGACCCGGACGACUACGAUUACGACGACUCGGAAAAACGCGCCGCGCCCCAACGGCGCCGCACCCGACACACGCCUGGAGCUAAGAAGAAGUCUUCCAAGCGCCAGCGACGCGCAUACGGCGGCUCUGACAUUGACGAAGACGACGAGAUAGAGUCCGAAGAUUCCUUCUCAGAGCGCUCCGAGUCGGAGGAGCCCGAGAUCAACCCGGCGACAGGCAGAAGCGUGCGCCGCGCCACCAAGAAGCAGAUCAAGUACGAGGAGAGCGAGGACGAGAUCGAAGAUACGCCAUCCGAAGACGAUUCGCCUAAGCCCGCAUCGCGACGCCGCGCGCAGCCGUCCAUCGAAGAGGUCGAGAAGCCUUCGCUCAUCGUGAAGCUGAAGAUGCCCGACCACGCCUCCGGUCGCAAUCUGCGCACUCGCACAGGCAGCAAAUCCCUUGCGCGCGGAAAGACACCUGAAGUGCAUGGCACGCGACGCAGUACCCGCCUGUCGCACGAUGUGGAGGAGCCCAUUGUCCAGCUUUCGGAUUCCGGCAGGCACGUCAAGGUCGUGCGCGAAGGCACGCGCAGCCCUGAGCCCGUCAUCGCCCGUGCCACUCGAGGCGGCAAAGGCCCGCGAGUCCAACAUCCCAGCGCUAUCAUGGAGGCCUCCCAGGAGACGUCGAUGAUACGCGAUGACAGCCCUGGUCCCCUCGACGCGCUUCUCGUCGACGAAGAGACCCAAGUCAAAGCCAGCAAGGACAGUUCACCUGCGCAAGAAGCCCAACAGGACGAUGCCGAGGGCGAGGACGAUGAUGAUAUGGAAGGUGUCAUCCAAGAGUCCCAGCACGACGAAGCCGCAGCUGAGGAUUCCGAAGAGGAAGGGCCCGUCACCCGUGGCGGUCGUAACACCAGGAACCGUGCUGUUUCAGCCAAACGUAAACGAGGCGCCGAUGAAAGCAGUGACUUUGAACCUGCAGCAGACGACGAAAAAGAAGAGGAAAUGUCCGAGUCGGAACACGAAAAGGAGAAGCAGUCUGCAUCCGAAAGUGCGUCAGGCUCUGGGCGGCGAUCGACCCGCCAACGAGGGAAGACCCGGCAGUCACAGCGUAGCAGGCGCAACUCUUCUUCCGAAGAGUCAGGGUUAGACCAAGACGAACUGCAGGAUGAGCUACAAGACUUGGAGUACAACAAACGACGGCGCCUCUCCCGACGUAAUCCUGACAAGGACGUGGCGUAUGAGGAAGCGCCCAAACGCCGCGCUCGCGCCGCAGGCGUGGAUUACCGUGUUGUUCGACCCGAGCAGAACGCUGUCUUCGAGAACGACGACGAUGAUGGCCCUGCUCCGGAGCGACCUAGGGCAAGAGGUGGACGGUCUACAUACAAAAGCCUGUGGCGUAGUCAGGGCCCCUUCGGUGGUGGCGUCGAGGCUGGCAUGGGAGCUGCAGGUGGUGAUUCCGAUAGUAGCGACGAUGAGAACCAGAAGAUGCCCAAGCCCGUCGGCGGCGCAAUUGGCAUGACGCCAACCACCGCGACCGCGCCCACUUUCGGGUUCCCUCAGACUCACAAUGCAGAUCCGAAGCAAGACUCUGGCGGCGGCCCCGCCAAUCUGGGCAAGGUCAAAGACAAGAAGGCUCUUGCAGAUUCAGACCCUCUUGGAGUUGACCCGAACGUUAACUUUGAUGGUGUCGGUGGACUGGACGACCACAUCAACAAGCUCAAGGAGAUGGUCAUGCUUCCGUUGCUAUAUCCUGAGGUGUUCCAACGCUUCAAGAUCACCCCGCCACGAGGUGUUUUGUUCCACGGUCCGCCCGGUACUGGUAAGACGCUUCUUGCCAGAGCUCUCGCUUCGAGCGUCAGCACUCAUGGACAGAAGGUCACCUUCUACAUGCGCAAGGGUGCUGAUGCCCUGAGUAAAUGGGUUGGAGAGGCUGAAAGGCAGCUUCGUCUGCUGUUCGAGGAGGCGCGGAAAACCCAGCCAAGUAUCAUCUUCUUCGAUGAAAUCGAUGGACUGGCGCCUGUUCGCUCUAGUAAGCAAGAGCAAAUCCACGCCUCGAUUGUCGCUACUCUACUCGCUCUUAUGGAUGGUAUGGAUGGUCGCGGACAAGUCAUCGUGAUAGGCGCCACCAAUCGUCCUGAUUCCGUAGACCCUGCACUGCGACGUCCUGGACGAUUCGACCGCGAGUUCUACUUCCCGUUGCCAGACGUUGCGGGCCGACGUUCCAUUAUUAACAUCCACACUAAGAACUGGGAGCCACCUCUGAAGCCGGAAAUGAAGGAUCAACUUGCCGAACUAACCAAGGGUUAUGGAGGUGCCGACCUUCGGGCGCUUUGCACAGAAGCGGCUCUCAAUGCCGUACAGGGGACUUACCCUCAGAUUUACACUUCUGAAAAAAAGCUUCUGAUUGAUCCCAGCACCAUCAAGAUCCUAGCAAAGGAUUUCAUGAUCUCAGUCAACAAGAUGGUGCCAUCUUCUCAACGAACAGUCACGGCUAGUGCAGCACCACUGGCAAAGAACAUCGAGCCAUUAUUACGGAAGCCACUAGCCGCAAUCCUUAAGCGCAUAGACGAACUCAUCCCACGGAGGAAGAAACUCAGCGCACUCGAGGAAGCAGCGUACGAUGACCGCGACGACGAAAAGGGCUUCGAACGCGAAGCCACCAUGCGCAACUUCGAGAGCAGCAGAAUCUUCAGACCCCGUUUGCUCAUUAGCGGUCUUCAAGGUAUGGGCCAGCAAUAUCUUGGUGCUGCUCUCUUGAACAAAAUUGAAGGUCUGCAUGUUCAGUCCUUCGACCUUCCCACUAUUCUUGAGGACUCCACGCGAGCACCUGAGGCAGCCAUUACCCAGCUGUUUACAGAGGUCAGGCGGCACAAGCCUAGUGUCAUCUACAUCCCUUCAGUCGAUGUCUGGUAUCAGACACUGCCUGCCCAAGCUAUUAAGACCUUCAAGCUACUACUGCGAAGCGUUGGCGCGAAUGAACCGAUCAUGCUGCUGGGUGUCAUGGAAUUGCUCAAUGAGAAGGAGAAGCCUGAUCGCCAGAUGAUGAUGGAUCUUUUCUCCUUCUCACAAUCCAAUCAGUUCCAUCUUAUGCGGCCAGACCAAGAAGGGCGAGCAGAGUUCUUCAACAGCAUCAGUCACUACAUCCGCAUGUCUCCAGCAGACUUUCCUGAUCCGGAUAACAGGAAGAAGCGAAUCUUACCUGAACUCGAGGCUGCACCUAUCGUUGCUCCAGUGGUUGACCCUAAGGAACUUGCCGCCCGCGAGAAGGCGCAAAAGAAACAGGAUAGGCUCACCCUCAACAAGAUGAAGAUUGUCAUUCAGCCCAUCAUGGAUCAACUGAAGAGGAGUCACAGGAAAUUCUUUAAGCCAAUUCUGGAAGAAUCCUGGUAUGCCUACCUGCUCGAGGAGCAAGAUUCUGAUCAUGUGCGAUCAGACCUGCCACGUGAGCAACAAGAAGAGCAAGGCGUUGUCCGUCCGUGGGAAUUCUCGAAGGAUUCCAAAGGCGUUGACGUUUUGCUACACGUCGACAGCGGCAACAAAUACUACAAUCUGGACCUCGGUACGAUCGAGAAGCGCCUGUCCAAUGGUUACUACAAGCGCCCUGCAGAUUACCUCUUCGAUAUCAAGACUCUUGUAAAGGACGCGAGGACUUUCGGAGAUGCCGAGCGAACCCUAAAGGGCAAUGAGAUGAUCACAAACGUCGAGGUUGAUCUGGACAAUUUCUUCAUGCACCAAAACCCUGGGCUCCUCCAAGAGUGUGAAGCGGUCUACCAGCGCGAACUUGAGAGGGAGAGGAAGGCGCAAGAGAAGCGGGAAAGAGCCAUCGCCGCAAACAAGGAUUUCGAAGAUGUUGCGCGCGUACCUCCAGAACAGUCCAUCGGUACCACUGAAACUUCAGGGCCUAUCACUCUGGGUGAGCCUGUUCCUGGCCGUUUGGCCAUGCCACCGGUAACCCCGCUGCGAGCCCCUCACGCUGAAGGUCUAUCCAAUGGGACGAGUGGCGAAGGUACACAGCAUGCAACGAAUGGCUCUACUGCGCCUUCCAACGACGACACUCAUAUGACUGACAGUCAGGAUCUGAAUACCAACACACAACACGACUUCCAAUUCCAGACACCGAGUAGAAUUGAGGGCCAGGGAACCCAAACGCAGAAGUCACAGAUGUCCGGGCGGACCUUCAUGGCACCGAACUCGCAUCCCAACGACUACCACAACAGUGCCUCCACAACGACUUCUGGUCAGAAGACUUCGAACAGGUCUUCGGACAAUAAGUUUGGCACUCAGAGUAGCAACGGCGCUGCACCAUCUGGCGUCCCCAAUUUCUCAGAGAUGAUGCCGGAGCCCAACGGGUCGCAGCUUCCCGACACACAAGAAGUCCACUACGUCAGCAGCCAGCCAUCGAACUCGCAGCCAUCGCAACCUUCUCAAUCGUCUCAGCAUGUUACUUCCAUGCCUGCGCCUGCACCCCCGCACCACUCGAAUCUUAACCAGAUUCUCAAUGACGAGGAGCCGAAGCCGCAGCUCAUCCUCGACGACAGUAUGGUCAUUGCGCUGCAUGACAAACUGGUCCGCUCGACAUCUGGAUGUUCGCUCGAGCAGUUAGAGCAGAUCAACGCCGCGCUCAUGGAUGCCAUUUGGAAGCACCGUUCAGACUAUAAUCGCAACCUCGUCCUCAAGGAGGUCACCGAGGCGUUCAACGUCAUCAUCAAAGACAUCGAGACGAUGCAAGAGAUUCUCAAGUCAAGCCAAGAAGAAGAAGAGGCCGAAUUACGGCGGCAGUACCACUCCACACAAGACGAUUGGUUCUCGCAGACACAAGCGCGUCGUUGA